CAGCAAAAGCGCACGCGCCCACCCCACCCCACCCGAAAUCCCCCCCACACCCCCGGCGGCGACGAGGAGGGCGCGCCCCGGCGGCGACCGGCUACACGAGGACCCUGCGGCGGCGGAUCGGCACUGCGCGCGAGGACAUGGCGGCGGCGGCGGUGAUGGUGAGCUCGGCGGGCUCGCUGCUGGCGAUGCUGCAGGAGCCGGCGCCGGAGCUCAAGCUGCACGCGCUCUCCAGCCUCAACUCCCUCGUCCACGCCUUCUGGCACGAGAUCUCCACCAGCGUCUCCUCCAUUGAGAGUUUGUAUGAAGACGAGGAGUUUGACCAGAGGCAGCUUGCAGCACUAGUUGCUUCUAAGGUGUUUUUCUACUUGGGCGAGCUAAAUGAUGCUCUGUCAUAUGCACUUGGUGCUGGAUCCCUGUUUGAUGUCUCUGACGACUCUGAUUAUGCUCAAACACUUCUAGCGAAAGCUUUGGAUGAAUAUGCUGCCAUCCGAUCAAGGGCUGCAGGGGAAGAUAAAACGAUGGACCCAAGAUUGGAGGCCAUUGUGGAAAGAAUGCUGGACAAGUAUGAUAGUACCCUCAUGAUUCAUUGUUUUCCUGUUUGUAAAAAAUGCAGUUCUGAGCUUACAAAUACUUCAUUGCCUUUCAGGUGCAUUCUUGAUGGAAAAUAUCAGCAGGCCAUGGGUAUGGCUGUUGAGUGCAGGAGACUGGAUAAGCUUGAGGGAGCAAUUUCUCGAUGCGAUGGUAUUCAUGGAGCUCUUUCAUAUUGCAUCAAUCUGUCUCACCAAUAUGUUAGUCAUCGUGAAUAUCGAUUGGAGAUUCUACGUUGUCUUGUCAAAAUAUACCAGACAUUGCCAAACCCAGAUUAUUUGAGCAUUUGCCAGUGUCUUAUGUUCUUGGAUGAGCCAGAAACUGUUGCAAGCAUCUUGGACAAGCUUAUUUCUGGGAGCCAGGAUGAUGCUCUCCUAGCGUACCAAACUGCUUUCGAUCUUGCUGAAAAUGAAAAUCAGGCUUUCCUCCUGAAUGUGCGGAAUCACCUUGAUGGAUUGAGUUCUGCCCGAGCUGAACCUGACAGCGGACCGGCUUUACCAAAUGAUCAAGCAGCUAAUACUUCUACAGAACCGACUGGUGAUGUCCAGAUGGGAGAAGAUGUAAAUAUGCCAAAUGGCAGUGCUCUCGCUGUGGAUCCAAACAAAGUAGCACAUGCUGAUAGGCUGACAAAACUUAAGAAUAUUCUGUCAGGAGAGACAUCUAUUCAGUUGACAUUACAGUUUCUAUACAGCCAUAAUAGAUCUGAUCUUUUAAUUCUGAAGACUAUAAAGCAAGCCGUGGAAAUGAGGAACAGUGUCUGUCACAGCGCAACAAUAUGCUCCAAUGCAAUCAUGCAUGCAGGGACAACAGUUGAUACCUUCCUCAGAGAAAACUUGGAAUGGCUCGGUAGGGCAACCAACUGGUCUAAGUUCAGUGCCACUGCUGGACUAGGCGUCAUUCAUAGAGGCCAUCUUCAACAAGGCCGUGCAUUGAUGGCUCCUUACCUGCCUCAGAAUGGUGCUGUUGGCAGUGCUAGUCCAUACUCGGAAGGAGGCGCCCUCUAUGCUCUUGGUUUGAUUCAUGCCAACCAUGGUGAAGGAAUCAAAGAGUUUCUCCGUGAGAGUCUUCGCAACACCAGUUCUGAGGUGGUCCAGCAUGGUGCUUGUUUGGGACUCGGGCUUGCAGCAUUAGGUACAGCAGACGAGGAAAUAUGUGAGGACAUUAAGAAUGUUCUGUACACGGAUAGUGCUGUGGCUGGCGAAGCAGCUGGCAUUGGCAUGGGCUUGCUUAUGGUUGGCACGGCCAGUGAGAAGGCCACAGAGAUGCUUGCCUAUGCUCAUGAUACACAACAUGAGAAAAUUAUCAGGGGCCUGUCACUUGGAAUUGCGUUGACGGUGUAUGGCAGGGAAGAGGAAGCUGACACCUUGAUUGAACAAAUGACUAGAGACCAAGACCCCAUACUUCGUUAUGGUGGUAUGUACGCAUUGGCUCUAGCAUACAGGGGAACUGCAAAUAACAAAGCUAUCCACCAGCUUCUGCAUUUUGCUGUGUCAGACGUGAGUGAUGAUGUGCGGAGGACUGCAGUAUUGGCCCUUGGCUUUGUUCUGUAUAACGAGCCUGAGCAGACACCCAGAAUCGUGUCCCUGCUGUCAGAAUCAUACAAUCCUCAUGUCCGUUAUGGUGCAGCUCUAGCUGUUGGAAUCUCCUGUGCCGGAACAGGAUUGAGUGAAGCCAUCUCCUUGCUGGAGCCUCUUACAUCAGACGUCGUUGACUUUGUACGCCAGGGCGCUCUGAUUGCCAUGGCAAUGGUGAUGAUCCAGACCAAUGAAUCUUAUGAUUCACGUGUUGGAGCAUUCAGGCGCAAGUUGGAAAAGAUCAUUCUUGACAAGCACGAGGACACCAUGAGCAAAAUGGGCGCCAUACUGGCUUCCGGCAUCAUUGAUGCUGGCGGCAGGAACGUCACCAUCAAGCUCAAGUCAAAGUCAAAGCAUGACAGGCUCACUGCCGUUGUCGGACUGGCUGUCUUCACCCAGUUCUGGUACUGGUACCCACUCACCUACUUCAUCAGCCUUGCCUUCUCCCCGACAGCUCUCAUCGGACUCAACUCCGAUCUGAAAGUGCCAAAGUUUGAGUUCCUGUCGAACACCAAGCCAUCGCUGUUCGAUUAUCCCAAGCCGACAACUCAGCGGACUGCAACUGCAUCAGUCAAGGUGCCAACGGCUAUCUUGUCAACGUAUGCCAAGGCGAAGUCUAGGGCGAAGAAGGAUGCAGAGAGCAAGGCAAAGGAGAAGGCAGAGGCAGCGCCACCAAGCGAGGACGCUUCUGCUGCUUCUACUUCCAUGCAGGUCGACGGUGCUGCUGCAGAGAAGAAGGCCCCUGAGCCAGAGCCGACCUUCCAGCUCCUGACGAACCCUGCCCGGGUCAUCCCAGCCCAGGAGAAGUUCAUAAAGUUCUUGGAAGACAGCCGGUACGAGCCGGUGAAGGCCGCGCCGUCCGGGUUUGUCCUCCUGCGGGACCUCAAGCCCACUGAGGCCGAGGAGCUGGUCCUCACCGAUGCCCCCUCGACCGCCGCGGCGAACAACGCCGCCGCACCCAACGCCAGCGAGCAGGGAUCCGCCAUGGCCGUCGACGAGGAGCCCCAGCCGCCCCCGGCGUUCGAGUACACCUCGUGAAGCUGUUGAUCAUCCCCAGGACCUGUACCGUCUUUGGGUUGUCUGUAACUUUGUAUUGUUGGCAACGUCCCACUAAUUCAUUUAUUUUAACUUUAAAAUAGACUUUUCCUCGAGCAUUUAUCGUGUGGAUAGCAUAUUGUUGGUGGAAUUUUCUCCUUUUAAAUGAUGGUGGUCACGGUCUGAUGCUCCGUGUCGCAA